AUGAACCAGGUCGUCACCGACGAUCAGGGUGGCCUACAUCAUGUGCAUCUUUCAGGGCAUCUUCUUCCCACGAAGCUCUGCCCACAACGCCACAAAUCUACCGUCCUACGGGAUGGGGGCCCUGAAUUUUAUCCCAUACUCGCCAAAGCCACGCCCAGGCAGUCGAAAACACGGUACUGUGGCGAUGCUAAUGUCGGUAAGGAUAUACUCCGUGCUGAGCGACUGUACCAAUCGGAAAAGAGUGGCAUGAAUCUGCAUACAUUGUGA